AUGGAAAGUAAACACAUGUUUUUUAAAAGAUCUGCUAGAAGUGCUCAAAACUUUAUAAAUAUCACUAAGCAUUUAGCUGAGUCUCAUCAGCUGUUUCAGUCAUAUGUGUCUAGCGGAAGUUCUUUUUCUAAUAAUAUUGAUGGAGGAUCUGAUGCUUUUUGUUUUGCCGAAUCAAUGUUUACAGUCGAAAUAACAGAAGCAAUUGCUAAUAUUAUACUUUCAGAAAAGUUGUGUUCAUUUAAGCUAACCUAUAAAGGAACCACCUAUAUUAGAGAGCAAUUUGUAAUAAUUAGUCGAAAUGAUUCAGUGUUUAUUGUUGGAAAAAUUGAUUUAGCUGUUUUUUCUGAAUCAAAUCAAUCUUUCCUUGUUUUAAAAAAGUAUCACUUUGAAUGGUUAUCUGAUUUUGGUAUUUUAUUGUUGGGAAGUGACCUUCCAAGCAGAUCUAUUUCUAUACAAAUUGACGAUUUAGCAGAUUAUUGUCCCUUAUGGGGUUAUAGAGUUGGUGAAAGUAUGGAUAUCCUUAUAAGAGAAAAACUAUUCAAUGUUUUCCCAACAAUGGAAAGUGGUGAAGCUGAUAAGAUUAUGAAUGGUUUAUUACUUUUGGGGCUUGAAACAGAAAGUGAUUUCAAUUAUCUUAAAGAGGAAGACCUAACAACAUUACUGCCUCUGAUAAAGGCUAGGCGUUUUUUAUCUGCAUGUCAACCUGUUAUUGUUUCUGAAAUGUCGUCAGUUACCCCAUCUUGUUUAUUUCCAUCAGUUACCCCGCUUUCUCCAGAACCUUCCACUUCACUUUCAUCAGGAUCUUCAAAUUGGGCGCAAUUAUUUAUUGUCAAUUGGGAAAAUUUUCCAACUGAGUUUUUAAGUGACAUCAACAGCAAGCGAAAGCCCUCUGAGUCACAUAUACGACAAAUGGUUAGCUUAUUAAUGAGAGAUGUUUUGCGCCAUGAUCACAAGCCUAAUCGAAACAGUUUACGAAUUAUUGCUCAAAAAGUUGUUUCAAGAUAUCCUGAUGCAUUUGUUGAUGAAAUAAAUGGCAAGAUAAUUAGCAACGGAGUUGAAACAUUAAUGUAUAGGAUGGAGUCAAGAAAGGAAAACGCAAAUCGGAAAGCCCCUUUGUCAGGAAAUUGUAAGAGGAUGAAACUAAAUGUACAUAGUAUACACCCACAUGGAUGGGACCCAAAUAUUUCCAGUGAGCAGCUACAGCAAUUAUUUAGAAAUUUGCCUUGGCCAAAAAAAGAUGUUGAUAAGCUAAUGGCAGACACAUUUUCUUUGCAACGCCAUACAAUUAAUGCAAUAGUUCCGUUUUGUGAAGUUUUGCUUCAAUGGCCAUUUUUAUCACAAUUGGAGUAUGUUAUGGAUCAUUUUUCCAAUCUGAUGAGUUUUUCAUUGAUGGACAAUUUAAGAAACGCAGUGGCAAGCAAGUCUAAUCUUAUUUUUCUAUACUUUGAAACUAUGACCAAAAAAAAUGUUGUGAAGGAAAUUUUACUUGAAGCAAAAAGUAAAGGUAUUGAAUAUGGAGGCGUUCAGCGAGCGUUAUGUUGGGCAUGGCUGCCUCUAAUUAUAGCAUAUUUUGGAGAUAAAACUGAACAUUUGAUAUUAUCAGUUAAUAUUUUAGCCACUAUAUCAGAGAUGGAAGAUCUUUGUCCAACUUCUCAUCCAAUGAUUUUUGUAAAAGGGACUUGGUUUGAAUCAGAAUAUUUUUAUGUGUUGAUUGAAAAAAAACUUUCUUAUACAUUCACUGAUGCUCUAUCGGCUGUUAGUGUAUUAUUUGCAAUUCAUUAUGUUAUGAAUAUGCAAUAUGAUCCAAACGUUUUUGCAACAUUGGAGUUUAUUCAAAGGUAUAUGGUGGACUAUAAUCCUGAAAAUGUAAAAAAUAACGCUAAAGGGAAAAAACCAGGAACAGUUGUUUGCCCACGAGUUCUAACUCUAAUUCGAGAACUAAAUAGUUUAAAUUCUGUUUAA